AUGCCAUAUGUGAAAGUAUGGACUCAUACAGGAGGUCAAAAAACUCAAUAUACAAAUGGAGACCGUUCAAACUUUUGGCUUGGCAUUCCAUUUGCUGACUCAGAAGACUUUAUGGGUGGUAUUUCAACUGUUGGUACUGUACAAAUACAAUAUACUGGUGACAGAGACGGUCCAGAUGAAUUGAAAGCAAAGAAGUUUACAAAACCAAUAGCACUUUUCACGGAAGAUGCUCUUUUGAAGAUUCGUUCGAUGAAACCUGCUGGGGCUCCUCAGAUUGGUAUAACGACAGCUUCCAUCGAGCAGAUUUUGGCAGCAGGUCAGUAA